AAAAAAGCGAGUACGCUUCGUUUCUCGCGAAAAUUCUGUUAUUUCUCCAGGGGAAGAAACAUUAUGAACUGAUUCGCUUCAAGUAACCGAAAUCCUCAAGGAAAUGUUCGUCAAUAACUUCUUUAAACGGAUACUCUCGUCUCUGCUUCGUCCAUGGCUGGAGCACGAUCUCGAGCUAGACCUCCAUUUAGGGUUCAUAAAUUCCAUCGCCAUCUCCAAAAACAUUCGUCUUGACACCUCAGCUCUCAACCGCCAGAUUAUCGACGGUUCAUCUUCUCCGUGUUUCUUUUUCAAAGAGUUCGUUAUCGGAGAGUUGGUUGUUCGAUUCUCUGUUUGGUCAGAUUCUGCUUUUUCCGUUGAAGCUCGUGGUGUCAAUGUUACUCUGUCACUUGAAGAAAUGGGAGAGGAAUGUACUGCAAAGGUGCGGAAUUCGAGUACUGCGGUGUUGGAGAGUUUGAAGAAUGAUUUAUCCCUGAUAGACCCCGAGGGUAGUGCUCUGCAUGAUAUUUUGGCAGCAACCUUGGCUACUGCUUGUGGGAGAAAUCGGUUUCAGUCUUCCUUUUUGAAUCUCAUUCUCCAACAUUGCCGUCUACAGAUACUUGGCAUUAAUUUGCAAAUACAAUUUCCCACCUUAGAUGAUUCCUUUGUAUAUCUGUUGAAUUUAGAGAAGCUUAAUGCAGAAUCUCUACAUUUUGUUCAUGGAUGUCUUUGCAGAGGGCUUGUUAAUGUGCUCUUUCUACCUCUGAAAGAGGGAUCUUUUGUUGUUAGUGGUGAUUCCUUUAAGAUAAUAUAUAAGAAAAGCAAUCAAAUUAGCCGUGUUUGUUCCUCCAGUGCACUGGUUACAUGCAUCAAGUUAAAUGAUCUUGAACUUGUAGAGUUCAAUCUUCGUGUUCCAGAAUUAAGUUUCUCAUUUUCUCCGGUUGAUUUUCCCAUUUUCAUGGAACUUAGUAAUGUGCCCUCGAAAGAAUUCAAGCGGGUCAGGAAUGGUCGGUAUCUGUGGAGACUAGCGGCUAUUAAAAUAGGUCAUGUUAUUUCAGCUCCCAAAUUAUCAUGGUACAAGCUAGUGGAUUUUACUAUUUUGUGGCUACGGUAUGUGAAUCACUACGAGUAUCUGUUGUCGCUAGUUCGAUAUUCCCCUGAUCACUUAUCGGAAAGACCUGAUAUUAAGAUACCAAGAGACAAGGUAAUUCUGACUUCUGCUAAGCACUAUUGGGCGGUGAUUUUUAAAAUUGAGAAGGAGCUGCCUGCAGAAGCUAUUGCACAGGCUCGGAGAAUAGCUCGAUAUAAAGCUUUGUCAAGUGGUCAACAGUCUGAAGAUAAUUAUGCAGAACUCUUUGUUAAUGCCCGUUUCAAAACCUUUGUUCAGAAAGUUAUGCAAAUUAUCCUGCCAAUGAGGCACCUUCUCUUUUGGAGGACAUCUGCAAAUCAAGAUGACAAGUUUGUUGGAAACCCAGGAAAUGUUUCUGAAAGUUCGUAUUCACGUUUCCGCUUCAUUUUAAGUCUUGGGAAAAUUUACAUUACCCUGUCCUCAAUGAGUGCAGCCCAGAUUGCUAAUGAAGAUGUGAAGUCAGAUAUUGGGAUCUCAUAUUCAGAUGUUUUUUCAUUCCGUUUCUCUAUUAAAGUGUUUUUACUGAUGUACAUAGAAGACAUCUUUAAACAGUCAUUGUCUUUUUCCUGUGGAAAAGUGAAAGUGAAGUAUUUCAUCAGUUCUGUUGGAGAAGAAAAGGAGAGAAUUAAGAAUUUGAAAAUUAUUCUGCAGGGUGAGCCUGCAAAAAUCUUUCCCUUCUCAGAAAGCAAUAAAACUAGUACCAUCAAUCAUGCUGAAGGUGGUUGUGACUCAUGUCUAGAAAAUUUUAUAGGAAAAAUGUGCUUGGAUUGGAAACAAGCUUGCAAGCAAUUUGAAGAAAGUGAAAUCAGGUGCCCUCAAAGUCCACGACUUCUUUUUGAGAUGAAAAGCUUUCUGAGACAUCCAGAUUUGGAAAAGCUAGGCUCUGGGCUUUGGAAAUGCAAUCUGACAGUGGGAAAGCUCAACAUAGCGUUAGGAUAUUUAUCAAUGAUAUCAGUGCUCAUGCUUGUUAGGCAGAUACAACAUGCUCUACACUGGACUCGAGGAAAUGGGUGUGGCAGGGAUUUCUCAUAUUCUCCUCGAAAUACUGUUCACCAUCAAGAGGAUAGUUGGGAAAAAAAAUAUGAGGGCUAUUCUAGUAAAAUAAAGAUGUCCUUUAUGAAAAUGCUUCCUGGGAAAGACAUUCAAAUAGGAGUGCUUAUGGCUGGUCCUCGCAUUCAAUUCUCAACUAAGAAGAUUGGAACAAGGAAUGUAAAUGAAGGUGUGAACAACCAUAUAGUUAGCGGGGGUGAUUUUCACCUAGGAUUUGAUAUCCAUGAUAUUGAAGUUGUUGUUUGGCCAAGCUCGAAAUCUGGUUUGGCACCAAUACAUGACUUUAUAGUACAGGAUGAUGAAUAUCCUGAAUGCCUCAGGUUGCAGGAGCCUAAGAUACUUGAUAUUCCAAAAUUGGAAAAUAAUAAGUAUAGAUCUAAGGAUGCAAAUUCACUUCAUUUCUGUCUGAAAUUCAAUGGUUUGCAGGCUUACUUGGAGGACAUAGUAGACAGACAUAAAAACCAAAUAUUUGUAUUAGAUCCCAUAACAUUUCAAAUUUCAUCUUUCAGGCAGUGUGCUCAUUCGUUUAGCACAACCUCUAUUGCUUUUUCGACUGUGUUUUAUGGGCUGGCCAUGGGAUUUACGCUGUUAUUAUUUAUGGAUGAUUUGUCUGCUUGCAUUCAGGCUCUCACUGAUUUGUAUUCUGAUCUAUCACAUCUUUGUAACAACUUUGGUUCACCUGGUAAUGAAUCCUUCCAAAUAUUGAGACAUGGUAUGGUUUCUGGGGUUUACGAGGAUGAAGAGCUUCCAAAUGCGACACCCUUGAUAUGUAAUAAUACGCUGUUUUUAAUUAAUGGCAUCUUUAAACUCAAGUCAAUGGAUAUCUUUCUCUGUAGUUCUAGGAUAAGCAAUGAAGCAAGGAGUUCUAAGAUGGCUAUUGGUGCUGUUAGUAGCACAAAUUCAGCUGCAAAUAACUUAUCUGAUUAUGGUAUUUGGAUUUCACUCCCUCGAAUGUGUUUUGACAUAUUAUACGAGGAAAUGAAACUGGAGUUAGUCAUUGAUUUAUCAGGAAUUCAAUCUGUGAUCAUCAGAUACCAGGAGAACAUGAGAAAAAGGUUUACUCGCUCUGCAGUUAAAGAGUUUCUUCUUUGUUCACACAAUUGCUUAUAUGAGGUAUUUUCAUCUCAUUGCAUAUUUACUUUAUUGUUGAGUCUGCCUGAGAAUUUGUCAUCAUCAACUAGUGUGAAUGAGAUGCGAGAUGUUUCUACUUCUGAGGUAAAUACAUCAAGCGCAGUGUCUAGCACAGAACAGUCCCCAAUUGUAGAAUCUUCUGAUUUUCUUCAAAAGUUGACCUUUACUUCAAAUAUCCCAGUGCCAGCUUCAAGCCAUUGGAUAUUCAUAAAUAUUGUAGUCGAUGAGGUGUUUGUGACAAGGUGUUCAGUGAAAAAUAUUCUGAUUGAUGCACAAAAAAUAAAUAAGCUGCUGUCAUCUCUUUAUGUCGGGGCAAAAUCCCAGACGAUUACUUGGGAAAUCCAGGGAGGUUUUCUUUGCCUUGAAGCAAAAGCUUUGGCAAUGUUUAUCCAGUGCACUGCUUCCUACGUACAUCACAUUAAAAAUGCAUUAUCUAUUGUGCAAUCAACUGCAAGGAGCAUGCAAAAACCUGCACAUAAUGAUCAUUCUUUUGGUGGACAUUCCCAAGAGAUGCUACUUACAUCUCAGCAAGUCAGACAGGAACAUCCCAAAGCUUUUAGUUUUGAUGUCUCUCAAUUUUCUCUUGCUCUUAUCGUUGAAAGUGAAUCAAGUCAUAUUCAGGAAUUUGUGUUGGAGCUUGAUCUUGUUCUGAACCUUGAUUUGGAUAAUAUGCAAAGGAAGUUUAUGUUUAAGCUUUCUCGACUAUCAAUUUUUUCUCAAGUCUUUCAACAAAGUGGAGAAGAAGAAAUCCAAAUUCUUCAUUCUUCUACCCAGUCAAAGUUAUCUUCUCAGCCUUUAUCUGGGGAAUCUUCUGUAGCCUUUAAGCAUGAAAAUGGUCAUUUUCCGGAUGGUGACAGUUAUUCUAGAGCUUCUGCUUCUGAGGGGUUUAUUUGCUUUCGUCAUCAAGACUAUAUCUUGAAACAUUUAACUGCUUGUUUAUCAGUUGAGAAAGCCGAAGUUAUUCCAUUAGAUUCAGAACAGGUUUGGGUUGGCAGUGGUUCUAUUUCAGGUUUUGAUAUGAAAAUUACGUUGUCUGAACUAGAGGUGAUUCUGUCCAUGGUCUCAUCCUUCUCUGGGUUAUCUGUCAAUGGCUCAACUGGUGAAUCUGUGCAAAGGAACUGGUCUUAUAACCCUCAAGAUGAAAAUAACUUUGAGGCUAGGAUUCCUAAUGGGGCAAUUGUUGCUAUUCAAGAUGUACAUCAGCAUCUCUACUUCACAGUUGAAGGUGGAGAAAAUAAGUAUGCUAUAGGUGGUGCAGUUCACUAUUCUUUUGUCGGAGAAAGGGCACUUUUCAGGGUCAAGUACCACACACAAAGGAAAUGGAGCUCAUCAGUGUUUUGGUUCUCCUUGAUAUCAUUGCAUGCUAAGGACAACUCAGGAGAGCCAUUGCGAUUAAAUUCUAAUCCAGGAUCAGGUUUUGUUGAGCUCUCCAGCACCUCUGAUAAUGCUUGGUCACUUUGGAGAGUUAUUUUCUAUGAAUCAACUUAUGAGGGUGACAUUGACUGGGAGCCUUACAAUCAUGUGCUUAGAAACACAUUUUACCUGGUGAACAAGAAGAAUGACUGUGCUGUUGCUUUCAAUGAUAGGGUUCCAGUGUUUGUCAAAAAGCCUGGAAAUCCAUUCAAGUUCAAAGUGUUAAGUGAUGUUUCUGUUGCUCAAGAAGUUGCGACACAUGAUAUGUACUUUAUGAACUCUUUUGGAACCAAGAUAGAUCUUGGAGCACAUGAAGAUGGAAAGAGAAGUUACUGGCAAAGUGGAAAACUGCCUUGCAUUGGUAUUGGUAUUGACAAAGUUUCUUUAACCAUCUUCCAUGAAUUUUCAGAUGCAAAUGACAGGUUUCCUCUCCUUCAUGCUUGCAUUUUUGAUACUCAACUUAAUUUACAAAUGCUCUCCACUAAAUCCAGAGUUAUAAGCACUUCAAAGGCUUUGCUUCAAUAUUUUGAUGCUCAGGCAAACUUCUGGAGAGAUUUUCUUCACCCUGUUGAAAUAUGUAUUUUCUAUCGUUCUAGUUUCCAAAAUCCACAUGGUGUGCCUGUUCAUGUCUAUUGUAGAACCAAAGAGUUGGAGAUAUCUCUAAAUGAGCUUUCAUUGGACAUUCUUCUUUUUAUGAUUGGGAAAUUAAAUUUGGCUGGUCCAUUUUCCCUGAGAAACUCUAUGAUUCUGGGAAACUGCUGCAAGGUGGAAAACCAGACAGGUUUGAAUCUUCUUUGUCGCUUCUAUGGUAAGCAAGGUGUGACAGUGGGCAGGAAACAAUCCGUGUCCCUUUUUCUAAGGCUUUCGGCUUUUGUACAUCAGCCACCAGAUCCAGAGCCACUUGUUUCAGUCCAGCUUUCUCUUCCUGGUUCAUUUUCAACUUCACCAAUUCAUCUUUCUCUUCUAGGAGCUCAAGCACUUGCUUGGAGAACACGUAUAUUGUCACUCCAAGAUUCAAAAUCUUACCCUGGGCCUUUUGUUGUGGUUGACAUUUCAAGGAAAGCAGAGGAUGGUUUGUCAAUAGCAGUUUCUCCAUUAAUCAGAAUACAUAAUGAAACUAAAUUGUCUAUUGAGCUACGAAUUAGACGACCUGAACCAAUGGACGAUGAGUUUGCAUCUGUGUCCUUGAAGGCGGGUGAUACAUUUGAUGAUUCCCUGGCUUCAUUUGAUGCUAUAAAUUUGUCUGGAGGAGCUAGAAAAGCAUUGAUGUCGUUAAAUGUUGGUAACUUCUUAUUUUCUUUUAGACCUGAAAUGUCAAAUGACUUGAUGCAAUCUGGUACUUCACUUUCAGUCGAGUGGUCAGAUGAGAUAAAAGGUGGAAAGGCAAUUCGUCUUUCUGGAAUUUUUGAUAAAUUAAGCUAUGAAGUGCGAAAGGCUUUAUCUGUUGGAUCAGUGAAAUGUUCCUUUAGCACGACCUAUUGUACAGUCAAAUCUGCAGCUGCACAUGUUUCUGACUUGCACUUUUUAAUUCAAAGCAUUGGAAGAGAAGUCCCUAUCAUCAAACCUGAUAAAUCUAAAGAUGGGCUUGAAAAUAGAAAUACACCAAUUUCCCUACAAGAGCAGAAAGAAAUUUUUAUUCUUCCCACUGUGCGGGUUUCUAAUCUUCUGCACUCAGAAAUACACGUGCUUUUGAAUGAGACAAAUUCAUGUACCUCUACUGGAUAUGACAACAUUGGGAAGGAGGCAACUCUACCUUGCAGAUCAACUGUUGAUUUUUACGCUAAUCCUGCUAUAAUGUACUUUUUUGUUUCAUUAACUGCUUUUAGUUCAACAUCUAAACCAGUAAACAGUAGCGAAUGGGUCCAAAAAUUACUGAAGCAUAAGAAUGGUGUUCGUUGCUUGGACAUUGACCUGGAUUUCUGUGGUGGAAAAUACUUCGCAUCCUUAAGACUAUCCCGUGGAUACAAGGGCAUAUUAGAGGCUACUGUCUAUACAAAGUAUACCCUGAAGAAUGAUACCGAUUUCUCUCUAUUCUUCUUUCCUUCUGGUCAGAAGCCUUCAUUUAGAAAUGAAAUGGGGAGAAUUCCUCCCGAAUUUGGUUUAUUUUUGCCUCCAAAGUCAACGGGGUCAUGGUUUCUGCGAUCCUUUAAAACACAUCUCAAGUUAUUCGAAAAUCCUGCUUCUGAAGCACAAUUUGAUUUGGAUGCUCUAUCAGGCCCUACAGAAGUGAGCCUCGAGAUAGAGGAAAUAUCUGGAGUGAAAUAUAUUGCAAAGUUUGGGGUAUCUAUAGGGCCUUCCUUGAAUAGGGUUGUACCUUCACAAAUAAUAACAAUUGCUCCAAGGCAUGUUGUGCUGAAUGAGUCGGAUGAAAAUAUCACUGUUCGGCAGUGUAAUUUGGAGGUUGACAUAGCUGGCAUGAUUUCGAUCAACAGUGGACAGAGUGCGGCACUGUUGCUGCAGAAUGAAAUUGGCAAGAGGACAGAAUACAGCUUAUUUGAGAAUUUCAUCAAAAAACAUAGAAAUGAUUUUGAUAGUUCUUUAAUAUAUAUUCAGUUUCAAUUGAAUGAGUCUCAGUUGGACUGGUCAGGGCCAUUGUGCAUCACUUCAUUAGGACGUUUCUUCCUAAAAUUUAGAAAGUAUUCAAGCCAGUUUACAGUAGAGGACAGAAAGAUUGCAGAAUUCGCAGAAGUUCUUGUAGUUGAAGAAGGUUCCACAAUUGUAAUGCGCUUCCAUAAACCACCUAAAAGCAAGCUACCAUAUCGGAUUGAGAAUUAUCUGCAUGGUGUAUCCCUCACUUACUAUCAAAAGAACUCAUCAGAGCCGGAGUUUCUUGGAUCUGAUUGCUCUGUUGAUUAUACCUGGGAUGAUGUUACACUUCCUCAUAAACUUGUUGUUAUACUAAAUGAUUUGAAUCUCCCACGUGAAAUAAACUUAGACAAAGUGCGGACAUGGAAGCCCUUUUACAAACUUGCACAAGAAAGGUUAGCAUCUCAUAUGGUCUUUGACAAAAGAUCCAAGGGCAAGAGAAGUAGAUUCGGUGAGCUUCACGGCAUGAAUGAGGUAAGGGUGGGGUAUGAAGUAUAUGCAGAUGGUCCCACACGUGUUUUACGGAUUUGUGAGUUUCCAGAUACUCAUAAGCAAGACAGAGCUUUCCACUCAUGUGCUAAGAUUCGGAUUAGAGUUUCCCAGUUUGCGAUUCAGUUGCUCGAAAAAGCGAAAGAGGAUUUAAACCACAGUGGAACACUUUGUUAUACCCCAUUUGCAGUUGCAAGACUUCAGAACAUAAGUCUGGAUUCUUUGGUCACGGAGCUUGAGAAGUAUAACCAGAUUGUUGUACAGUCAUUGACUAUUGAUGUGAAGUGGACGGGAGCUCCUGUAGCAUCAAUGUUUCGUAGACAUCGGUUAGACUACAGUGAUGCAGAUGAUAGCAUACUCAAAAUCUUUGUUGUCCUGCUUGCAGCGGGCUCUGAUGUUAAACAAGUUAAAUAUUCAUCUGUUAUACUGCAGCCAAUUGAUUUGAAUAUUGAUGAGGAUACUUUGAUGAAAAUCGUCUCAUUUUGGAGAACCUCUCUUAGUGACUCAAAUUCAAGUCAGCAGUUUUAUUUUGAUAAUUUUGAGAUCCACCCAAUAAAGAUUAUUGCAACCUUUAUUCCUGGGGAGUCCUAUUCUAGCUAUAAUUCAGCCCAGGAAGCUUUGAGAACGUUGAUACAUAGUGUGGUAAAGGUUCCUCCUAUAAAAAAGGUGGUCGUGGAGCUAAAUGGUGUCUCGGUUACUCAUGCUCUAGUAACAAUUCGUGAAUUGCUAAUAAGAUGUGCACAACAUUAUUCAUGGUAUGCCAUGAGGUCAAUUUCCAUUGCUAAAGGUAGUGAACUACUGCCCCCAGGUUUUGCGUCAAUCUUUGACGACUUGGCUUCAUCCUCCCUUGAUAUCUUUUUUGAUCCUUCUCAAGGCUUGAUGAAUCUUCCUGGUUUCAAAUCGGGAACCUUUAAAUUUAUCAGUAAAUGUAUUAAUGGUAAAGGUUUCUCUGGAACAAAACGCUACUUUGGUGAUCUGGGUAAAACACUGAAAACAGCGGGGUCUAAUGUAAUUUUUGCGGCUGUUACUGAAAUAUCUGACUCUGUUCUGAAGGGGGCAGAAGCAAGUGGUUUCAAUGGGAUGGUGAGUGGAUUUCACCAAGGAAUAUUAAAAUUGGCUAUGGAGCCAUCGGUCUUGGGUACAGCUUUGAUGGGGGGUGGGCCAGACAGAAAAAUAAAGCUUGACAGAAGCCCUGGGGUUGAUGAGUUGUACAUUGAAGGAUACCUACAAGCUAUGUUGGACUCGAUGUAUAGGCUAGAGUAUCUUAGAGUGCGAGUGAUUGAUGACCAGGUUUUCCUCAAAAAUCUACCUCCUAACAGUUCCCUCAUAAAUGAAAUCAUGGAUCGUGUAAAGGGGUUCCUUGUGAGCAAAGCAUUGUUGAAAGGAGAUCCUUCAGCAGCUUCUCGCUCUUUCCACAAUUUUCCAUGGGAAACUGAAUGGAGUUUUGGAUCAACCAUCAUAACAUUGUGUGAACACCUCUUUGUGAGUUUUGCAAUCCGUAAAUUAAGAAGUGAAGCGGAUAAAUAUAUUGCGAUCAUCAAACCAAAGAAAGAGCCAGAAAAUGAUGAUAAGAAAGCGGUUGUUCCUGGAGACACAGGAGAAGUGCAGAGGGUAAGGUUUAUAUGGAAAUGGGGAAUUGUUAAAUUUGUGCUUUCAGGUAUCCUGGCAUACGUUGACGGAAGAUUAUGUCGAAGUAUCCCCAACCCUAUAGCUCGCCGAAUCGUGAGUGGCUUUCUGUUGAGUUUUCUCGACCAAAAUAAUGGUAGAUGAACCCUGUAACAUAGCUUAGCUAGGCCAGAUAAUCUUUUUUCCUUUUUGUAUAUAGCUCUAUUUCUUUUAAAACCUUUUAUGUAUUAUAUUUGCAUGUAAUGUUUCGUACUGUGUUUGAAAUAAGGUGAUCAUGAAAUCAUUCAGCCCAUCAAAAUGUUACGAGAGAAAAUAUAUUGGAAGACGAGGAAAUAUUCAACUUCGCUAA